GCGGCAAAACACACACACACACGCAGCCACGCAAAUUAGCAGAUCGCGCUAUCAGUGUCGUUAUUGUUGAUACUUUUCGUUGUUUUUGUAUAAAAAAGAUCAGAAUUUAAACACAAUUCAAUGUUAAAAACUCGCUUAAAACAGUGCCUUUCCAAUCAAAGCUGUGCCAAGAUCUGAUAAGCUUCCCGUUUUUUUUAUCAAACAUAACUGCGUGCUCGCAUGAGUGUGUGUGAGAGCAUAACUGGAGAAUAACAGAACAUUUCCCAUUUUGCGCAGUUUUGCAUUCCAAGAAACUGGCGACCAAAAGGAGAAUUGGAGUUGUAAAUAUGGCACGCGACGGCACACAAAACGGAGGCACCCAAGGCGCCACCCAAAGCCAGGCGUCCAACAUUUUUACACAAGUGGAGAGCCAACCCAUGGAGAGGAUUGUGUGGGGCCGAUUGUAUGGAAAGAAUAUCAAAAUCAAAUCGCUGGGUACGACCACCAACUACAGCAUAAUGUAUACGCAUUCGUCCUUUUCUGUUGAUCUGAAUAAUGACGAAUUUACUGCUGGACGUGGAGAGGCGAAUGAUUUGAUAUUGACACUCAACGAUUUGCCUGAAAAGAUACUGACGCGCAUUUCCAAGGUGCAUUUUAUCAUAAAACGCGCCAAUUGUGAGCUGACAAAUCCCGUCUAUAUACAGGAUCUCUCACGCAAUGGCACUUUUGUGAAUAAUGAAAAAAUUGGCACCAAUAAAAUGCGCAUACUGAAGAACGACGAUGUCAUCUCCCUGGCACAUCCCACAUACAAAGCCUUUGUGUUCAAGGAUCUCAGCCCGAAUGAGGCCAUCGGCCUGCCCGAAGAGAUUACCAAAACCUAUUAUGUAAAUCGUAAGCUGGGCUCCGGGGCCUACGGCCUGGUGCGUUUGGUCUAUGAGACGCGCACCUGCGAGCAAUUUGCCAUGAAAAUUGUGAAGAAAAAUAUGCUGGCCGGCAGUGCACAUCCCACCACGAAUCUCAGCGAUCCCGACCGUGUGCUCAAUGAGGCAAAGAUAAUGAAGAACCUGGCGCACCCGUGUGUGGUGCGUAUGCAUGAUAUUGUGGAUAAACCGGACUCGGUUUACAUGGUGCUGGAGUUUAUGCGCGGCGGCGACUUGCUAAAUCGCAUCAUCAGCAAGAAACUGCUGUCGGAGGAGACCUCCAAGUUGUAUUUCUAUCAAAUGUGCCAUGCGGUUAAAUAUUUGCACGAUCGUGGCAUCACACAUCGCGAUUUGAAGCCAGAUAACGUGCUGCUAGAGUCGGGCGAUGAGGACACACUUCUCAAAGUCUCGGACUUUGGGCUAAGCAAGUUUGUACAAAAGGACUCUGUGAUGCGCACACUCUGUGGCACGCCGCUGUAUGUGGCGCCCGAAGUAUUAAUCACAGGCGGGCGAGAGGCCUACACCCGGAAGGUGGACAUUUGGAGCUUGGGUGUUGUGCUGUUUACCUGUUUGAGCGGCACACUGCCCUUCUCCGAUGAGUACGGGUCUCCCGUGGCUGAACAAAUUAAAAAGGCAAAAUUUGCCUACCGACAUCCUGCCUGGAAGGGCAUAUCGCAGCGUGCCAAGCUGCUGAUCAAUCAAAUGCUCAUUGCGGAUCCCCAGAAGCGACCCUCAAUCGACGAUGUGCUGCAAGCUAACUGGAUGCGCGAUACACAAAUGCUGCAAAAGGCCAAGCGGCUAAUGAAACUCGAUCGCAUGGAGAUCGAGGAGGAGGAGAACAAUUUCCUAGAGCCACCCACUAAGCGCACGCGGCGAUAGUGUGGGGACCAAAGACAAAAGGAAAAGGUUUUAAUUUUCUGGUUAAAAUUAAGCAAAAACGUUUUUCCCUGCACCCCAGACGAUCCGCCGCUCUGUUGUUCCGCCAUGAAAUGUUUGUGUUUCCAAAAUCAAGUAUUUUUUUUCGUUUUCUGAGGUUGUUUAGUUUUUACGUGUUUUUUGUUUUAAGUUCGAUGGCCCACAGUCGGGCACUUAGUUGUAAAUAAGAAGA